AUGACUCAAGGACAGUUCAAAUGGAUCAUGGUGUAUCAAGAUCAUCUGACUAAGUUUUGUGUAUUGCGGCCCCUGACUUCUAAACGCGCAGCAGAAGUGGCGUAUCAGCUUCUUGACAUCUUCCUCCUCUUAGGUGCCCCAUGCCUUCUUCAAAGUGACAAUGGAUCUGAAUUUACUGCCCAGGUUAUUUCUGAGCUGAAGAUUAUGUGGCCAGCAUUGGUGAUGGUACAUGGAAAACCAAGACACCCCCAAAGUCAAGGUUCUGUAGAAAGGGCAAAUUGUGACAUCAAGGAUAUGCUUGUUGCUUGGAUUGGUGAUAAUCAUACAAGUGAUUGGACUGUGGGACUAAAGUUCGUUCAAUUUCAGAAGAACUCCAGUCUCGAUACCGGAAUCAAGCGAUCUCCACAUGCGGCGCUGUUAGGGUCUGACGCUCGCACUGGAUUGACAUCAACAAGCUUGCCCACUGACAUCCUUCAGCGGUUGCAGUCAGAAGACGAUUUACUUGCUGCCUUAGGAAUUCAUGCCAUUACAGCAUCGACAGCUGAACCUGAUCAGGAGAAUAUCUCUGAGGAAUCUGACACUACUGCUGGAAAAUCGUCAACAAUUGAACCUGCUGAGGAGAUCAUCUCCGAACUGAACUCUACAGCGUCACAUGAUGAACCUAAGACUACUGAAGAGAACAGUCAACUAGAUGCCAUUUCAUCCAACCAAGAAGCCAUUCAGCUGCAGAGGAAAAGAGCGUGUGAAGCUCAAACUGAACAGGCAGCGCGUAUGGUACAGAGGAGCAAGCGUGUUCUCACACCUGUCAGAGUUGUAGAUAAUGUAGCUGUGUACAUUCCCAAUGUUGAUAGAGGCAGAGCUGACCCGCGGAAUAUGAUGGGUGUUGUGAUUGAGUGCAGUGACAGCGAAAUGUGUACUAUAGCAGUGGUGGUCCGGUUAAUUGAAAUAAUCGAAGCGUUGUCAGACCAAUCGCUGCAAGUGUUACAAGGCAAAGAUUCAAUGUAG